CUGGUGAGGGCGACAGCUGCUCGCGUGGAGGCCGACUUUACUAUAUAUGGGCAAAGCCAAGCAUACCGCGAGCGGCGUUUGCUUCCGUGUUUGUGGGAUUAGGAGAGUCUAGACCCGCCGGUGACAGGGACUCGAGGACUGGGGAGGCUCACUGUUCCAUUCAUUCGAGGAUAUUACAGCAAAAACUCGCCAACAUGGCAUACGAAUUGAGUUUGGGGCUGUGUUCUUAUGGGACAGCGGCUCCUCAGUGGGUGAGAUUGUAGGCCACAGCAAAGUCAUCAACACAGUGGAUAUUAAACAGUCUCGUCCUUAUCGCUUGGUCACUGGUGCAGAUGACAGCUGCUGCACCUUUUUCGAGGGUCCACCAUUCAAGUUCAAGUUCACCAUGAGUGACCACAGUCGCUUCGUCAACUGUGUGCGCUUCUCUCCGGACGGCAACCGAUUCGUCUCGGCUGGAGCUGACGGCCAGAUCAACAUCUAUGAUGGCAAGACUGGUGAGAAGGUUGGCACGCUGGGAGGAGAGAAAGCUCACGAGGGUGGAAUCUAUGCCGUGAGCUGGAGCCCUGACAGCUCCAAGCUGAUCUCGGCGUCCGGGGACAAGACGGUGAAGCUGUGGGAUGUGGCCAGUGGCACGGCGGUCACCACCUUCAACAUGGGCGCCGACGUCAUGGACCAGCAGCUGGGUUGCCUCUGGCAGAAGGACCACCUGCUCAGCAUCUCCCUGUCGGGCUACAUCAACUACCUGGACAAGAACAACCCUGACCGCCCGAUCCGCACCAUCAAGGGACACAGCAAAUCAAUUCAGUCCUUAACUGUCCACAAAACUGAUGGAAGGAACUGCAUCUACUCUGGGAGCCAUGAUGGACAUAUCAAUUACUGGGAUGCUGAGACCGGGGAGAAUGACGAGUUUUUGGGCAAAGGGCACAGUAACUCCGUAGCCAAGAUGGCUGUGAACGACUCUAACCAGCUGGUGACCUGCAGCAUGGAUGACACAGUGCGCUACAUUGACGUGACCAAAAAAGAAUACAGUGCCUCUGAUCUACUGAAGAUGGAUGUCCAGCCUAAAUCUGUGUCCGUGUCCUCGGGCGGACUUGCCAUGGCUGUGUGCAUUGGUCAGCUGGUGCUGAUGAAGGACAAGAGGAAAGUGUUCACGCUGGACGAUCUGGGCUACGAGCCGGAGGCGGGAGCUCUCCAUCCCGGCGGCGGCACUGCCGCAGUGGGCGGAGCGGAUGGAAAGGUGCGCUUAUACUCCAUCCAGGGGAACACCCUGAAAGACGACGGAAAGCUGCUGGAGGCCAAGGGGCCAGUGACCGACAUGGCCUACUCUAACGACGGAGCCUUCCUGGCCGUGUCCGAUGAGAAGAAAGUCAUCACUGUCUUCACUGUGGCGGACAACUAUGCGGUCAAAAACGAUUUCUAUGGGCAUCAUGCAAAAGUGGUAUGCCUGGCUUGGUCGCCUGAUAAUGAGCAUUUCGCUAGUGGUGGCAUGGAUAUGCUGGUGUACGUGUGGACAGUCUCUGAUGCAGAUAAGAGAAUUAAGAUCCCAGACUCUCACCGGUUGCACCACGUGAGUGGCAUCGCCUGGCUGGACGAGCGCACUGUAGUGACCACCUCCCACGACGCCAGCGUCAAGCAGUGGACUUUAAAAAUCUGACCAUUUUAGAGCACUCCGGAUCUUCAGGGACUAGGACUACUGUAGAAGUGACCCCUCUUCCUCUCCUCUGUCUUGUUAUCUCUUCUGCUCCCCCUCUCCCACUUUCUUUCUUUCUUUCUUUCUUUCUUUCUUUCUUUCUUUCUCUCUCCCUCUUCCUCGCUCUCUCUUUUUGGUAAUGCCUUUUUUUCUUUUCUGGUCUCUUGUCACCAGGCCCCUAAUUUCUCACUGUCUGUCUUGGUAAGGGAAAAGCUCAUAGAAAAGAGAAAGCACCACCCACUGUCUUUUUUUUUCUGAAAAAAAGUGUACUUGGUUACUUAUUUGCACAAAGAAAAGAAAGCAAAUGCAAAGUCUAUGAAAUUAAACACUUAAGAUCCUUGGAGCUUUCCAUGUUUUAAAAAACCCCACAAUAGACCGAUAAAACAAAAACUUAUUCAGCUCAACAUUCCAGAGGCUCCAGCCUUAUGUCUGUUUCCGUGGAAAUGCUUGUUUGUUCACACUGGUGUCCAGCUAUGAUCAGUGGUCAGGAUAGUGUGGCAUGGGACUUUGUUGCCUCACGUGUGUGUGGCGACAGAACAUAUCUGUGCCAUGCAGAAUCCCUAUUUAAAUAAAUAAAAACAAUAUGGGUGACAUGGGGAGCAAUAACAGGAAAUAAAGCGAACAAAAAUGAUGUGUUUUCAAGUCUUCAAUCGAAAUGCUGUGUGUGGAACUCCCAUGAAUUUUCUUUGAACUCAUUAUGUCUCUCACACUUUUGUUUUAAUCAUUAUUUCCUUUUCUUGUUUUCUCUGAUUUUUGUUGUGAUUCCUCCACCCUUUCCAGUCGGUGGAUGUAAUUCAUAAUAUAAUAAAAAUGAACACUUUUUAAUGCAGCCUUUACUGAGUCAUAUCCACCUGCUGCUCCAGUCAUUCCUUCAGUUAAUCAUUAAUUUAAACAUAUUAAAGCUAUUACUUUCUUUACACUGCUGCCAUUUGAUUAACACCAUUACCACUUUUGCUUGGCCCUUUAGUUUGAAUCAGUUUGGAUCUUUAAGACUGGCUUUGCCACGUUGAGCUUUUGUACGACUGGAAAAGUAUGCAGAUGUGAACUGUUGUUUGUUUCUAAUUUCUCAUGGAUAGUUAACCAAGCAUGGACACUUCCUUGGCAGGUUGACUGAAAUGUUUUAAGAGAACAUCAGAUUGUUGGGCUGUAUUGGAUUUGUUUCAACUCUUGCUCAUGUGAAAUUAAAAUAAUAAAAAAUGUAUUCUAUAUUGAAA